AUGAGCGACCUGCAAGCCACCUUCGAGUUCAGCGUCGAACUCUUCAAGUUCUACAAUGUCGAUCUCUUCCAGAGAGGGCUAUACCAGAUACGCGUGGGCCUCCGCGUGUCGCCAAAGGUCCCGGUCCACAUCGAGACUUCGGUGUCCAGUGGCAAUGGCACGGGUAGGUCCGGGCGGCCAACGGCCAACGUCUCCCUCGGUGGUGUGGCCGCUUCCAGAGCCUUCCAGAUCAUGUACAGAAAUGAAGAGGUCACGUUACGGGACAUCGUGCAGUUUAGAGCUCAUCUGUUAGUGGAUAGUCGCAACCUCAAAGAGUCCCUGGAAAGAACGGAAUGGAGCCUGGGCGUCGAGCUAUGGUGCAGCGAGGGCGCUCAAUCCAGUACCCUGGCUCCAGUGUCCUGUCGCGUCCUCAAACUGCACUUCCAGCCUUCCCAGGGGCUCCAUUACCACUUGCCCGUCCUGUUCGACUACUUCCACCUGUCGGCUGUCUCCAUCACGAUUCACGCGAGUUUGGUUGCUUUACAUCAGCCCUAUAUCAAAAAAAGCAUCAUGCAUUACGUGCAAAGUUGCACCCCGCGCUCAAGCAAGCAAUGGGGAAAAUUGAUGAAGAACGCGGGUACCAAUUUCAACGCUUCGGGCAGCUUCGAGAACAUUCUAUUUGGAUCGAGCGGGAAAUGUGCAGGCGGCAAUUCAAGCAAAAUAGCACACGCUAGACAAGUACAUGCCGAAGUGUGCGGCAUUCUCCUAGGUUCUCUAGAAGGCCUGCAGAGCGCUCUCGCUGUAUGUGGCUCCACUGGUGUGCUUCUCACACCUGAGGAAUCUUCAUCCAAUUCCAUUGUUGGAGAAGUAGCACAGAGGAUAAAGGACCUUAGUGAUAACAGCAAAAAAGCGGAGGCGGGCUCGGAGGAGGAGUGGGCGAUGGGUGCGGCACAUGACAUCGCACGUCUGUGCGCUGAAGUCACGCUGCGAUGGCGCGCCUUUCUGCACCACACGACCGACCGGCCACACGUACAUCACACCUUGGCUGCUGCACAUCACGCGCUUCGCAUCAAACGCUUCUCCGAGUGCUUCUUCGUGCUGGACAACCCGCGACACUCGCUGGCCGGCUGCUACGACAGCAACUACCAGUCGUACCAGAGCGUGGGCGAGGCGGCACGACGCUCACGCUACCUCGCGCUGCUCCCACCACUGCCGGUGCACUGUAUCGCGCUAGACGGCGAUCCCCACAUCAUGCCAGUCAUAUUCGAGGAUAGGUAUCAAGAUACCGCAGAAUUUGCGCGGCGGCGCUCAUUUUUAAAUUCUAGUGCAAAUAAAUCUGGCAGCGACCCUUUCUUAUGUUCGGAACCUACAAAUGAAGAUUGCGCUUGUAGUUUAAGCUCGAUAAUGGAUUCGAGAAGGCCUUCUUCUGAAGCUUCUAGGGUUACAUUAACGCUACCCAAAACGAUGAUGGACGUCCUAGAGCCACAAUUUAAUGCAUCCAAAACUAACGCGUCAAAUACCGUUCAGGCUACUUUGACUUUGGCCCCUCAAAAGCCAGUCCAUGAUCGCUCCUGCAAAAGCCAUACAAAAAAAUCUUCCCCUACAUCUGCUGCUAAUAUACAAAAGUAUCAAAAUAAAGCUAAAUCUGAAGUAGACUUAAGUCAUUUUGGUGCUGAACAUGAGUACGAACAUUUACCACCACCGCAACAAUUUAGGGACGCUCCUCCACCACCUGAUGCUUUUAAGGAUCCACCAUCAAAGUCACCCGCAAUUAGUAGGCAAAGCAGCAAGUCCUCAACUCCCUCUAAAACACCAAGGAAACAAGCAACUCAACCAUCUACUUUACAAUUAGAUAACCCAUUGUACCAUGUCUGCGAAGGAAUAAUUGAAAGGCGCAAACUAAGGCCUCACCAAUCAAUGAAUUCAACAACAACAACUUCAACAAGCACGCUUAAUAAAAGCCAAAGCACUGGAGAACUUGCUUCUAGAAAUGAGAAUGGAAAUAACAAAGAACAACGUGAAAGUAACCUCGUUAGUAUAUUUGGACUGGCAGAAUCCGAACGUUUAUUCAUAAAGUGCAGGGAUGAAUUUAGGCAAAGUGUUAAGUAUCCUGGAGCCAUAUACUCAGAUUUCCCCCCGGUAGAAAAUACCCUGCCAUACUUUCAUAUAAGCGAUGAAUACCGCAUGUUUAACACAGAAGGUCUACAUCUCAUAAUUUGUGUGCACGGAUUAGAUGGUAAUGCGGCAGAUUUGAGACUAGUUAAGACGUAUUUGGAACUUGGACUACCGGGAGCCAGACUUGAUUUUCUGAUGUCUGAAAGAAAUCAAGGGGAUACGUUUUCCGAUUUUGAUACCAUGACUGACAGACUCGUCCAAGAAAUUAUAACGCAUAUACAAAAUUCAACUGAGCCAGCUAGAAUAAGCUUUGUAGGCCACUCUUUAGGCACUAUUAUUAUAAGAUCAGCACUAGCGAGACCACAAAUGAAACCAUAUUUGGGAAAGCUCCAUACUUUCCUUUCACUUAGUGGACCUCACUUGGGCACGUUGUACAACUCCAGCGGGCUUGUAAAUGCUGGGAUGUGGUUCAUGCAAAAGUGGAAGAAGUCAGGAUCAUUGCUUCAGCUUUCACUGCGCGAUGCAUCUGACCCUCGACGCUCUUUUCUCUAUCGGCUGAGUGAAAGAAGCCAAUUGCAUCAAUUUAAACAUAUUCUGCUCUGUGGCUCCGGACAAGACAGAUAUGUGCCCUUACAUUCCGCACGCCUAGAGCUUUGUAAAGCUGCUGCGAAAGACACUUCAUUGUUGGGUCAAGCUUACAGAGAAAUGGUACACAAUAUGGUGUCGCCGUUAGCUUCGCGGGCGUCUACGGUGUCGGUGGUCCGAUAUGACGUGCAGCACGCUUUGCCGCACACCGCCAGCGCCCUCGUCGGCCGAGCCGCCCACAUAGCGGCCCUGGACUCAGACCUGUUCAUAGAGAAGUUCCUGCUCGUCUCCGCGCUCAAAUACUUCCGG